AUUCGUAAAAUCGAAGCUCGAUCGGAAAAUGUUUUCGAGCACACUGGAUUACCUAAAAACUCAGCCAUUAGGGAUUAUACUUAUUUCUUGUCUUGGUUUCCUCUCUCUCUUCAAGAACUCCACUUCUCUUCUGACAUGGCUUUACAACAUUUUUCUCCGACCGGCGAAAGAUCUGAGAAGCUACGGCGCGUGGGCACUAAUCACCGGCUCCACCGACGGUAUAGGCAAAGCGUUCGCCUUCAAACUCGCCGGAAUGGGCCUGAACCUCGUCCUAGUUAGCCGGAACUCAACUAAGCUCAAAAGGGUUUCUUCGGAAAUCCGAAACGAGUACCCCGACAUCGACGUCAAGAUUUUCGAGCUGGAUUUCUCCGGCGACGUGGUCGCCGGAGUUUCAAGAAUGAAGGAGGCGGUGAAGGGUCUUGAUAUCGGGGUUCUGAUAAACAACGUCGGGGUUACGUACCCGGAGGCGAUGUAUUUCGACGAGGUGGAUGAGAAAAUAUGGAUGAAUCUUGUUAGGGUUAAUGUCAUCGGGACAACCUUUGUCACCGGAGCUGUGGUACCGGGUAUGGUGGCGAGGGGAAGAGGCGCCGUCGUUAAUAUUGGUUCCGGUGCAUCGGCGAUUGUACCUUCCCAUCCACUCUACGCCAUCUACGCCGCCACCAAAGGGUAUAUUGAUCAGUUAUCCAGAAGCCUAUACGUGGAGUACAAGCACUAUGGAAUUGAUGUCCAGUGUCAGGUACCACUGUAUGUAUCAACAAAAAUGGCAUCACAAGUUGCAGCUGUAGGAAAAUCAUCAGUUUUUGUACCAUCAGCAGAUAAAUACGUAGAAUCGGCAAUUCGAUUCAUCGGUCACGAUCAAGCCAGGUGUACACCUUACUGGACUCACUCGAUUCAGUGGUUCUUCGCCUCUUUGCUUCCCGAUUCUCUUUUGAAUGCUUGGAGGCUCUCGAUCGGACUCAAAAGAAUCAAGAAUACCAUCAAUAUUCAUCAUUAGUAUUAAUUAAUUAAGUUAAAUUUUUUUCGAUUUAUUUAAUUUACUACGCCUUUCGUUUAGUAUACGCGUGUAAUCUUCGUAGAUGCAUGUGUAUAAUUAAUUUCAUCUCGUAUUUCAUUAUGGCUAAAUCAAUAAUGUGCUGCCCUCUGCAGUUGACAUUAAUUGUAAAGUAAUUAACUAGGGUUUCUCUUCUCAAGUUGGAUGAACUGUCAAAUUUUUAUGUACCAUGUUACUAUUAAA